AUGGCCAGGCUUUGCGUUAUCAAUCAGGAAAUAGACCAUGGUAAACUAAAGAUUAAUAAACCUGGAGAAAAUAAGUUCCUUGACAUUGCUUUAGUAAAAUGUGACACUGGGUAUGGUCCAAGUCAACGAGAGGUGAAAUGUCAAGCUUCGGGACAAUGGCAACCUGUAACAUGUAACAGAUUAGUGGAAAAUGGCAACGCUGAUAUAAUAUUUUCUAGGCAAACACUUACUAUUAUUUCCCAGGCAGAUGCAGAAAUCACUGCGGUAUCAUUUGCUUAUGAAAGGUCCGUUUUAUUGGAAUCGUUGCAGAUAUUUCAAAGACGUGUAGAUGGGUCUGUUGAGUUUUAUCGAAACUUUACAGAAUAUGAUAACGGAUUUGGGGACGCCGAUGGAGAAUUGUGGCUAGGCCUGAAGUAUAUACAAGAAUUAGCCGAACAAGGUCCUACAGAAGUUCGUCUUGACAUGACAAAUGAAAACAACGACACAGGGUAUGAGACCUUUCAGGACUUUAAGUUAACGGAUGGAAUAAAAUAUACACUUAACAUUGGGUCACGCAAAGCAUCUGCAGUCAACGUAGCAGAGUGUCUACAGUACAACAACCUAUCUCCCUUUUCAACUUAUGAUCGUGACCUCGAUGCCGGCGCAUCUCGUAAUUGCGCUGUGGACCGGCACGGAGGAUGGUGGUAUAACGCAUGUUCUUACGUCAAUCUGAAUGGUCUAUAUGUUUCACCAGGUACAACAUGUAACUUCGCUAGUGCACAAUCCGGUUAUUGUGGACACACGCAUACAGGGUUUAAUGGACAAAAAGGAUUGACAAGGUCUUCGAUGAUGAUGAGAAGGACAUAGAAAUGUAAUCGUGAUCAUUGUAUUUUCAAAUCAAGUCAGAUAAGUGAAUGGUUUUAUGUGACGAAACAUUUUGGAAAUGAUUUUGUUACAGUUUAUAUUGUGUAAUGUGAAUUUAAACAAAACUCGUACAGUUGACAUGUGCAAAUUAUAAACUAUGCAGCCAAUAUAGAUCGUAAUUUAUUGGUAAAAUUCCUA